GUGGCGGCAGUAGUAGUACUAAUAGUAGCAGUAGCAGAAGCAGUAAUAGCAGCAGUAGGAGCAACAGUAACAGAAGAAAUAUUACUAUCAGUGGCAGUAACAGAAGCAGUAAAAGUAGCAGCAGUAGCAGCAAUAGAGGUAGCAGUAGAAAUAUAGCAGUAGCAUUAACAGCAACAGUCUGAACAGUAGUAUCAGUAGUAGCAGUAACAGUAGCAAUACCAGAAGCAGAGGCAGAAGCAGAAGCAGUAGCAGUAACAGUAGCAGUACUAUGAACCGUAGCAGUAGCAGUAGCAGUAGCAGUAGCAGUAGCAGAAACAGUAGCAGUAGUAGUAGUAGCAGUAGCAGUAGCAGUAGCAGUAGCAGUAGCAGUAGCAGUAGCAGUAGCAGUAGCAGUAGCAGUAGCAGUAGCAGUAGCAGUAGCAGUAGCAGUAGCAGUAGCAGUAGCAGUAGCAGUAGCAGUGGCAGUAGCAGAAGCAGUAGCAGUCGUAAUAGCAGAAGCAAUAGUAGUAGUAGUAACAGUAGCAGUAGCAGUAGCAGUAGCAGUAGUAGUAGCAGAAGCAGAAGCAGUAACAGUAACAGCGGCAGUAGCAGUAGCAGAGCAGAAGCAGUAG